UAUCUCGAAUUUUAAGCAUGAAACAACUUUACACUUCAACCUCUUUUCCUUAUAUCUCUUGUGUCGGCUUGUGUUGUGUAGAUCUUGUGCUGGUAUCUUCGAGAACGAGUUGAAGGUCUCUUAGGUGAAGCAUAUUAAGGUUAAAGUCGAAUAUUUUAAAGACGUGUAUAAGAGGUUCUCACUUGACUUUGAACGUCAAGAUCGCUGGAGGGAUUUGGAAGAAGGGAAAAUUUUGCUAGGAUACAGAUACACGUAAUGGAGAACUUCAAAACGAAUGAUGGGAUUACGAUCAAAUAUAUUGAUACGGAUCCUAAGAAUGAGGGUGGAAAGGAAUGCUUGAUUCUUGUGAGUGAUUUUUUUCUUCUGCUUUAGAAUUUCUGUCUCGGUGUAUGAUGUAUUGAGACAUCAGGAAUUUUGCUUCACAGAAUCAUGAUUGAAGUGGUUGAGGGGGAAGAGUUGGACUAAUAGAGCACAUAGCUGCAUGGUUUUACAGGCUCAUCUGCCGUCUGGCAACGCAAUAUCCCUGCUUUGUCACAAAAAUACCGAGUUCUUGUACCAGAUCUCAGAGGCCACGGGAACAGUGGAAAACCGAAGCAUGGGUAUCAUGUGAGUCGACUCGCAAUGGAUUUGCAUGAACUUACGCAACAAAUCAUCAAUUCGUCUCCUAUAGGUCAUAACGUCACGCGAUCAGAAAAGAAAUUCCUUGCUAUCGGUGGUAGUCUUGGAUGUGCAAUUUUAUGGAGUUAUGCGGAACUUUUUACUCCGAGUUUAUUCAAGAAAAUGAUCUUCGUAGAUCAAAGUCCUUUGCAAAAUUCUACGUUGGAUGGUUGGGAUAGUCGGUUUUGUAAUCGCGGGAUGAAUAAUCCAUGGGCGAUUGCUUCUCUUCAGAAGACUCUUGAACUGGCACCAGAUGUUGCACAUCGUGGGACUAUUGCCGCUUGUUUGGGUUAUCGGUAUGAAAUUGAGAAAGGGAGUAGGACGCAGAAGGAAAUGGAAGAAGAUGAGGCAUUCUUCUUAGGAGAAGCACUUAAGGGGGAUGGAAGAUGGUUGGGAAAAUUGAUGGAAGAUCAUACUUCUAAGGAUUGGAGAGAUAGUAUUCGUGCUACUUUUGGGCCUGAAAGCGGGAGUCAGACAGAGGUUUUAGUGGUGGGAAGUACUAUGAGUGGAUGUUUUCCUGCCGAAGGAGUCAUGAAGAUUGUGGAGUUUAUUAAUGGAGAAGAGGAGAAGAGUGAUGAAAAGUCCGGGCGAGGGAAAGCAAGAGGGGUGGUAGUUGAUUGGGGUGGCCAUUGGUGCUAUUGGGAGGAUCCUUCUAGGUUUGAUGAACUUGUUUUGGGGUUUUUGGAGGAGAAUUGAUGGUUGAGAGGAUGUAUGUGCGAGCAGUGAGUAUAGCAAAAAUGAGUGAGCACAAGGAAUCUAGCAUAUAACUCUAAUCAAUUCAAUGUCCUUCCCACAAUUGAACUUCUUUGAUUCUUU